AUGGCGGAUGACUUCCGUCUAAAGUCGAAACACCUUUUGGUCGCAGCAAUCGACUUCGGAACAACGUAUUCAAGCUGGGCGUUCUCGUUCAGAUUUGACUACGAUAGAGACCCAACGAAAGUCUCUGCAAAACAGUGGCAAGGACACGAAUCUACAAAAGGCCCUACUUGUGUCCUGAUCAAGCCCGAUGGGAAAACAUUACAUUCGUUCGCGUUUGAUGCUGAAGCCAAAUACGCAGAACUUAUUGAAGACGACAAACAUAAAGAAUGGUACUUCUUUAAAAGGUUUAAAAUGAUGUUAUGGAAACAGAAACUUAAUCGAAAUGUGUUGUUGGAAGAUGAAAAUGGUCGGAAACUAUUGGCAAGGACCGUUUUUGCGUUGGCCAUCAAGUAUCUGAAGGAAGACCUAUGGGCUGUUUCUAAUGACCGAAUAGCUAACGCAGUGCUACAAAACGAAAUACACUGGGUUUUGACAGUACCUGCCAUCUGGAACAAUGCAGCAAAACAGUUCAUGCGGGAAGCUGCCGAAGAGGCGGGAAUAGAAUCGGAUAUGCUGACUAUUGCGCUUGAGCCGGAAGCGGCUUCGCUUUUCUGUCGUCAUCUUCCGGUUGAAAAGAGUGGAAAUCAGUUCUCCCUGGCAUCUUUACGAGCUGGAAGCCAAUAUCUUGUACUUGAUGCUGGUGGAGGAACCAUCGACAUAACGGUGCACGAAGUUACAGAAUCCGGUGGCGUCAAAGAGCUGUACAAGGCCAGUGGUGGGGCUUGGGGUGGGACAAAAGUCGAUUCUUCAUUUGAAGAAUUCUUAGUUUGUUUGACAGAUAAAAGUGUCGUCAAAAAGUUCAAACAAGACCAUUUGGAUGAUUAUAUAGAACUCUUAAGACGGUUUGAGGUUAAAAAGAGAGACAUUGAACCCGACAAAGAUACAAAAGUCGUCAUGAGCAUUCCACUUGCCUUUUUUACAACUGUUAAGAAGCAAUUGCACAAAGACUUAACUAAGGCGGUCAAAAAGUCAUCCUAUUCGAAUUCGGUGACCUUAUCUGGAGAUAAAUUGAAAAUCGACCCAGCUGUUGCUCAAAGUUUUUUUAAAGAAUCCAUCGAAAGCACGAUAGAACAUGUGAAAGAUGUUUUGCAAAAACGAGAAAACAGUGGCGUGGAAGCAAUAUUGAUGGUUGGCGGGUUUUCUGAGUCGAAAAUGCUAAACAAGGCAUUCAAACUAACGUUUCCCACAUUAAAGAUGAUCGUCCCUGAUGAAGCUGGUCUGGCAGUUCUCAAGGGAGCCGUGUUGUUUGGACAUGAGCCAAAAGAUAUUUUCGAGAGAAUAAGCAAAUUUACAUAUGGCAUUGCAAUGGAUCCUUGUUUUGACUCUAGCAAGCACCCAGAAUCAGCGAAGCGCGCUUUUAUUAACGGUGUUGAUAUAUGUAAGAGCUUCUUUGAUAAGCAUGUAAUAGCCGGACAGUCGUUGAAAGUCGGAGAGGCCCAGUCGGAACAAACAUACGUCACAAGACCAAACCACAGGUCAACUGUGCUAAUUGAGGUAUUCGCAACAGAAAGUCAAUCUCCUGUACUAGUUACUGAUCCUGGAUGCCGAAGGGUUGGGCAAUGCAACAUUCCAAUGGCUGGCACAGGUGCUGGACGUAAGGUAUUAGUAAGAAUGAUAUUUGGUGGCACGGAAAUAGAUGUCGAGUGUACCGAGAAAGCCACUGGCAAAGUAUCGCAUAUCACUAUUGACUUUUUGUCGUAG